AUGAGACAAUAAAAUGGUAUUUCCAAGCUCACGGUGUCUCACAUGCAAGAAGCGACGGGUAAAGUGCGAUUUCGCUCAGCCAAGCUGUGGCCAAUGCCAUAAAGCAAGUAGGGUCUGCAUUUGGGGCCCAUAUUCGGAGCCUGGUUUGCAUUUUAGAAGCGAAAAUGCCUUUGCUCAGGGCAAGCCACGGCGGCCGCGCAAGUUACGAAAUGGGACUGAUAAUAAUUCACGGAACCUUAUAAGAUGCUCGGUAUUAUCACGUACUUUAUCACUUCCUGUAGAGCACUAUGCCUUGCACUAUUGGAUAAAGACUUUUACAAAAUGGCCUGACGAUUUACUUGAUAUAUCUCUCGAGUAUGGAGCCUACGCAAUCUACAAUUGGGACAGUUUGCGACCAGACUCGAGCCUUCAUUCGGCGGUCAUGUCAUUCUCCCUGGCGAUGUUUGGGCAAGUUCAACGAUCAAGUGAAAUCGUUGAGUCUUCGCGUAAAUAUUACUCCCAGAGCUGUACGCAUAUUCGGAGGGAUAUUCAAGAUCUAUCGGAUAAGACUAUUGACCAACUUCUUAUGGCGACUAUGCUACUGGACACAUAUGACAAUGUCAUCCCUAGGGAAUGGGUGCGAUCUCCGUCAAAUUCAUCGCAUUAUGUCGGAAAGAAAGCAGGCCAUCAUAGAGGAACAGCAGCUCUACUGCUAGCACGCAAACAACGAGGAUAUCAUCAACAUACUCCUCUCGAUGUGGCUCUUCGACGGCCUGUGAUCCGCGCUUACAUAGUUGGAGGGGUGGCUGUCGAUAAAUGGCUCGAAGACGAGGAAUUACAUAAUUCGGAAGACCCCAAACUUAAGCUUGACAUGCUCAUGAUAUCUGUUACCUCCCUUCGAUCUAGGUUUAAAAGUCUUUCUCGAGACUUUAGCUAUGGAAUUACAACAGAUGCAACUAUAGUCAAUAAUUUACUCAUAGAGGCGGGGAGUUUGGAUGCUGCGCUUGCGGCAUGGUCUCACAAUCUUUCGGGGCAGUGGAAUUUCGCAGCUCAUACCAUAAAUCGCCUAAAUCAAGCAGAGCUAGACAGGUUCUGCUAUAAUGGCCGAAAUGAUAGCUACACAACUCAUGGCCAUGCGGUCAUGUGGAAUCGCUAUCGAGCAAUUCGUGUUAUUAUGUGCAACUAG